CUGCAUACCACGACGCCCUCUUUAUUAAUUAAUUCUACAAAGAUACAAAAUCCAUCGUCUCUCGCCGGGGAGCGAAUCGGAGAAAAUGGGGGAUUUGAGGAAAAUAGCAGUGGUGGUGGAAGACGUGGAAGCAGCUAGAAUUGCUCUUCGAUGGGCUCUUCAUAACAUCGUUCGCUGCGGUGAUAUCGUCACCCUGCUCCAUGUCUACCCUCCCACAAGAUCCAGAAGCAAGAACAAAGCUCGUCUUCUUCGUCUCAAGGGCUUCCAGUUGGCCCUCUCCUUCCAACACAUCUGCGAUACCUUCCCCAGUACAAAGGUUGAGAUUAUUGUCACCGAAGGGGACCAAGAAGGGAUCAAGAUCGCCAAAACCGUGCGAGAGAUUCAAGCUUCCAUGCUUGUCGUUGGGCUUCAUGAUCGCAGUUUUCUUUACAAGUUGGCAAUGGCCCAUAGUAGUAUUGCCAGCAACUUCAGCUGCAGAGUACUUGCCAUCAGGCAACCUCCUGCGUCCCCAUUAAGGCCCACGGUUUCUGCAGCAGCGGUGUUAGACAGCUCAACCAACUUGGACUUUUCUCAAAUCCAUCUUGCUGCAUUACAGCAGCCAUUGGGCCUAAAUUCCUGCUCCUUCUGCAAAUCAUUUCUACCCAACAAAAUUUCAAUUUCUUGGGGAGCAUUUGAUACUCAAACGCUAGUGCGGAUGAUGCUUAUGCUGUGUGUCCUGGAGUUUUAAUUCUACUGUGAGAAAAGAGAGUUGGGGGGUUGGGGCAGAGAAUAGUUGUGAUACAACGGAAUUCCUUCUUCAGAUGAUGAUGUGAGGUCAACAUUCAUAUGAAUGUGCAUUUGAAAUAAAUUUGUUUUUGCGGUUUCGAUGAGAAGAUUUCUCCUUAUGGAAUUCGAGUUACAGAUGAAGCAAUUUAGGGGCAUAAUAAGAGAUUUGUUGGCGCAUAAGCCUCUAACAGAGCAGUUUUAGAGCUGAAUUGCAGGGUACCAGAAACCUCUCCAACAAAAAUUCCGUACCGAAUCUGCCCCGACCCAUCUGCAAUUUUUUGGAGAUCAAGGAGAAGGUGAGACGCCCUGCCGGGGAAGCUACCCAGAUGACUCAAUCUCUUUCCUUCAGAUUCUUUUUCUUUUCUGACUGAAUGUCCCGGAUGGCCAUUUUUUGUUUGGGAAAAUUACUGACUGGUUUCUCAUAAGAGAUGUAUCUACACUGAAGUCUCAAUGAAAUGCUAAUCUUACCCUCCAGUCUCUUGAGUCUUUUGGUGUAAAUAAAUUUCAUACUCAGUUAUCAAAAUACCUGUAUUUUUUUCCUUG